GCUGCUGCUGCUGCUGCUGCUGCUGCUCCUCUCCAUAACACGGAGGAGGUCAGUGCGUCUGCGCGAUGUGACACAAAUGAAGAUCAGACGGUUCACGACGCAUUGGAGCGAACUCGGACACUUGUCAGCCUUCGAUCAGAAAAUUAUUCCAUCUCAUCAGACAUUUCUUUCUUUAAGUCAAAGAUCAUCAGAUUUAUAACUGAACCAUAAGAAAACAGUUUGCAGGGCGACCCCCCUCGCGCCUGCGUACAUCUGCUCUCUUUUACGAGAGAUUAUGAGAGAUUCAUCAUGUCAGCCAGCGAGUACAAACUUGCUCCUCUGUUAUCCACACAUUCCCUCAGACUGGUGUGUCCUCGAUGCUCCGUCCAGCAGCGAGAAAUAACGUACACGUUGACGUCAGUGCAGCAUCAGUGUGAGCGCAGCGUGCUGCUCUGCAAAGCCAGGGAUGGCCACACGUGGAGGCCCGUUUCCAGGCGUCCCAAGUUCCCCAACCCGAGCCGCUACGAGGUGUGUUACUACUUCAAGGAGGGCUCUGGAUGCAGGGAACACAAGAACCGCUGCACCUUUGCCAGGAGUGACGAGGAAGCUGCCGUGUGGAUGUUUGAGAAGCAACACGGAGUGGAUCAUUCCCUCCUAUGUCACCUGAUCGCUCAGACCGAGAGAGUGUCUGAUCCAUCCGACUCCAACCAACCUGACAUCCUAAACACUCUAGAUCUGAAGGCUGCCUGUGAACUGUGUUGUACCAAAUACAAAGAAAUCACCUACACUGUUCAGUCAGUAACUCACAAGUGUAGAAGAAAUCUGCUUUUAGCCAAAUUCAAAUCCUCUCAGCAGUGGCGCCCCGUCUCUGAGCGUCCCACAUCCGGACAGUUUGGUCGCAAUGUUUUCUACAAAGAAUGUCUGUACUUCAGUGAGGGCUUUGGAUGCUCUCAACACGGAGACAAUUGCACCUUUGCUCGAAGCUUUGAGGAGGCGACGGUGUGGAACCAUAUCAGAGACGAGGACAUGGACAGAGACGAGUUCAUGAGACUCAUCAUUAAGUCUGAGGCAGCUUCAACUCCUGAACACGCAGCUCAGAGCAUCCUCCAACAGUGUCCAGGGGAAUUCAUGGAGCUGUGUAGAGACUGCUUUCAAGACAAAAAACUGACAGGCAAAAGGUGGAACGCUACCUGUUCAGCAGACGCAGCGCACAUCUGGGAGCCUGUCUUAGUCCAUCACCUGUCAGGGAACGGCGGGAAGCAGGUCUACAGCCAGGUGCGCCCUAUUCCACCAAACUGUCCAUUUGACUUCUGCAGCCACGUCCAGCAGGGGAAGCCCUGCUGGCACACGGCCGGUCAAUGCCGCUCCGCCCAGAGCGAGGUGGAGAUGUUGGUGUGGAGGGCGGAGCACGGCGGGCUGCCCGUGCGGCCUCAUCUUCUCCAGCUGAGCCAGAAGGAUCAGUCAAAGCACAAACAAGGCACCAUGUACUGCAAAGUCUGCCUGCUGAACCUGUCCUCCCCCGAGAGCUUCUACAAGCACUGCUCCUCUCUGGAGCAUGCUCAGUUACUGUGUGAGGACACCACCACCAGAUGGAGAGGGCGGCGGCCACCACACGGCCAGCGAGCUGACUUCAGGCUGUGCGAGAGACCCCUGACAUGUGAGUAUGGCAGCAAGUGCCCCAAAGCUCAUUCUGUGGAGGAGCUGCAGGAGUGGAUGAUGCGAGCUGCAGAGGAGAAGGAGAUCAGAGACAACAUGGACGCUCAGGGUCUCAUGUGCUAUAAUGAAAAGCUCCUGGAGGAGUAUAGAAACAGCAGCAACGAGGUGCACAUCAUAUCAGAACAAGUUGACGAAGUCAGCAUCUCCUGUGAUGAAGAUUUAAGCGUUCAGCGUGAACAGGUCGAUGGAACACUGCAGUGGCACUUCCAGGUGGAAACAGAGAGACAACUUUUGCAUGUUGCACUCCUGAAGCAAGAACCAGGCGCUUCAUUCAGCCUCGGUAACAUGAGUUCUAGUCCCUGCAUCUACUUGUCAGGAAAACACUUUCUCGUAGAGGACACGACCUAUGACAUCACCGUGUCUUUUACAUCAACCAACCCUGGACUGUACGAACAAUGGUUAGUGCUGGAUUUUGGUAUGAGACCUGUUCUGCUGAAGAAGUUCAGAGUAAGAGUAGGACAGCAGCUGGUCUUGGAUGAAACCGAAGACCCAGCUGUGAACCCAAGAGCCACCUUUCAAACUGCUGAGCGUUGGCAUCGAGGGAACAGGGUCAUUAUUCCAGGUUCGUCCAGGACAGAAGAGCAGGAGGAGCUGUUGAAGGAGUACAAACCUCCGCAGAUUAACUUCCUGUAUAAAUCCUCCAGAACCAACCAGACCCCUCUGAAUCAUGAGAACUACAGAGAGAGAAUGCACCACUUCCUUUAUGAUGAGGAACGAGCAGAGGACCAGGUUGUUUCAAGACUAAAUGUUCGUGGUGAAAUCACAACUCUGGAUACUUUGACGAGCACACAAUUUGGCACUAUGAUAGCUCCUCUAGGACAACUCUACUGUGCUGUCUCGAUUUCUUGUAACCUCACUCCAGACACCCCCGAAGGACAGGUUCUAAAGCGCAGCAUCAAGUCCGGCCUAAUCGCCCCAAUAUCUUCAAACGGGACAAACUCAAAGGUCUACGAAGCCACCAUUCUGCAGGACAAAACAAGUGAGAACAAAAUGUAUUUGCAGCUGUCUAAAAAAUGCUGCUCUGAUCUGUCACUCGAGGGAAAUCAAACGUAUCAAAUGGAGGUACAGUUUCAGCUGGACCGCUUCAGCUUCUGCACCAUGCACAAGGCCGUAGACCUCCUUCCUGAUACCAAAAGAGUGCUACCAGACCUCAAAGAUUGUACAGUUCCUCAAAGUGAUAUUCUCCACAAGAAGCUGAACCCAAAGCAGCAGUCAGCAAUCAGCUUCAUCACAGGGAACUCCAUUGUCCCCAGAAAUGUGGCACCGCUCCUCAUUUAUGGACCGUUUGGAACUGGGAAAACGUUCACCCUCGCUACUGCAGCCAGAGAGCUGUGUAAGCAGCCUCACAGCAAAGUGCUGAUCUGCACCUAUACCAACAGUUCGGCAGAUCUUUAUGUCAGAGAUCACCUCCAUCCCUUCAUUGAUGGAAGAAAUGAUGGAUUGAGGCCUCUUCGAAUAAAAGCAAACAAACAUGGGAAGGCUCUGUUUGCCACAGAUGCGAUAACUCUGAAAUACUGCCUCCUUUCUGAGGAUGGACAGUGUUUUCUGCCACCAACGAAAGCUGCUCUAGAUCGCCACAAAAUAGUCAUAACCACGACAUCAAUGGCAAGACGUUUUGUAGACCUAAAGCUCCCAGAGGGAUACUUCACCCACAUCCUUAUUGAUGAGGCCUCUCAGAUGCUGGAGUGUGAAGCUCUGUUGGCCCUUGGUCUUGCAGGACCGGACACUAGAGUGGUUUUGGCUGGAGACCACAUGCAAAUGGGGCCAAAGCUUUUCUCGGUCGAUGACCAUCACCGUUCAAAUCAAACGCUCCUCAAUCGCUUGUUCCACUACUAUCAAGGCCAGAAAUGUGACGCUGCACACAACAGUCGAAUCAUUUUCAGUGAAAACUACCGCUCAACAUCAGAGAUUGUGGAGUUUGUGUCCACUUUUUUCUACGUUGGUAAAAAUGAUGUCAUUAAAGCUGCUGGAAAUAUCCCAGCUCCUGCCAACGGCCAUGCCCUCAAGUUUUACCAUGUUAGGGGAGAGUGUCUCUUGGACACGGUGUCUUUGUCUUGGUACAACAAAGAAGAGGUAACCAAAGUGGUUGAAGCAGUGGAAGAGAUUCUCAAACAGUGGCCAUCGACCUGGGAGGCCAAAGACCUAAGCUCAAUCUGUGUCCUGUCAGAGGGGAUUCAGGUACGGAAAAUUCGGAAAGCCCUAUCGAAAAGACGCAUUCAUGGAGUCUGUGUUGAGAAUCUUACAAAUGUGCAAGGUAAACAGUUCAGGGCAGUGGUAAUAACAGCUGUUCAAACACGUGACAGCCUGAAGACGUCUCACCUGGCUGGUCUGGAGCUGUUCAAUGAUGCCCGUGUGUUAAACACUGCGAUGACCAGGGCUCAGUCCCAGGUGGUAGUGGUUGGAGAUUCCGCUGCGCUCUGUUGCUUUGGGAAAUGCUCUGCAGUCUGGAAGAGCUACAUAGACCAUUGCAUCAGCAACAACAGCGUUGAACCAAAGCAUUUCACCAAAGACUUCUUUGAAAAAGACGUAAUGGAAACGGCAAGGUUUAAGAAGACUGAACAUGCAGAAGAGAGUGAAGGACUCAAUGACACAAUACUUCAAGAGCUGAAAGAUGAAUAUAUAAAGCUGGAAUCAGAAUACAGUUCAAAUGAAGACACAGUGCAAGGAAAAGACAUCAAUCACCAAAAGUUCAGAUCAUCGUACAGUAAGAUCUAUGGUGGGAAAGACCUGUUGGAGUCAUGUAACAAUCAACCAGAGGAGUACACACAGGGGAAGGUGUUCAGGGAGUCAUCUAACAGAGGUUACGUCAUUCCAUUUCAUAACCCUGCCAGACAUUUUCUCAUUAAGGGAAGGGCCAACAUGGGUAAUGUCUUCACUGGAGACGAAGUGGUCUUACAAUCAACAAAAGUGGUCAGCAUCACCAAAGAGGCAGAAUCAGCCCGUGUACUUGUGUGCUUGCUUGAGGAUGAGGAUUACAGCAAACCAAGACAAAAUACUGAAAGUAAAUUUGUCAAAAGGUUGAUGAUUCCUAUUAAAAGAUCUGAGCCCAAAAUACGCAUUCUGAUCAACAAAAAAAGUCGAAACUUCCUGCCAAUAUGGGAGCGAACUAUGCUGAGGACACCUGUGGCAAGUGAACGUAUAAAUGAAAAGCUCAGGCAGAAUCAUGUGUUCAUGGUGAAAGUGAUUGGCUGGAGAGAACCUUAUCGUUUCCCUUUGGGCAAGGUCAUCGAAAUAAUUCCAGUUGGCACAUCUUUGAUUGAUGGACUACGGAUCCUGAAUGAGGAAUUCAAAGUUGAACCCAAUGUGUUAACAUCAGAUGAUGAUCUCUCAAAGGAAGAUGAAGACAGGACAAGAAGAGAAAACUUAUGUGAUGUGAUCACUUUUACUGUUGAUCCUGAAGAAGCAGAGGACUUGGAUGAUGCCAUUAGUGUCAGGGAAAUGGAAGACCAGUAUGAAUUGGGAAUCCAUAUUGCAGAUGUUGCAAGCUAUGUUCAACUGGGCAGUAAAUUAGAUGUGUUUGCAAAAAAGCGUGGUACCAGUUAUUACUGUAAUGAUGCGAAACCUAAUCACAUGUUCCCUGAAAACCUGAGCACUGGACAUUUAAGUCUUCUCGAGGGUAAAGAUCGCAGGGUCGUCUCAUUGAUGAUCCGAGCAAACAAGCAAACAAAUGAGAUCAUUGGACAGCCCAAAUUCCAGCUGUCACAAAUCAACUCGAAUAAGAGGCUGUCCUAUAGUGAGGCAGAAGAAGUGAUCACUAAGAGACGUGGAACAGGACUUGAAUUUAAAACAGUAGAAGACUGUGUGAGCAUGGCGUACUGUUUUGCAAAAGCCCAGAGGAAGAAAAGACUUGUGGAUUGGGCCUACUCCCAGCCUGAUGAACAGAGAGUUCCCGGGAAGCGUAAAGCCCAUCUGAUGAUCGAGGAGCUAAGUGUGUUAUACAACACACAUGCAUCAAUGAUUUUGAUUGGUUCAGACAAAACCAAGUGCUGCACACCCCUGCGCUGCCAGAAAGAACCGAAUCCCGAAAAGAUAAAAGAAUUCAAAGAGAAAUGUGGAGGAUUGAUCCCGCUGUCCUCUGCUGUGCGGCACAAAGUGGAACAUAAUGGAAAAGCCCCUAACUGUGAAAACUUUCCCAUCCUCACUGAAGUGUGGAACAAUAUCCAAUCUGCUGCUGAAGCUGAUGAUGUAGACACAAUGGUUGACCUGAUUGCUGCAGAUGACAUCCACCCUCUUCUCCAACCAGUCAUUGAUGAGUUCAGAAAGUGCUCUAGUAAAGCUCUUGUCGCCCCCUUUGGUUCCUCUGAAUCCCAGGUUGGGCAUUACUCUCUGAGUGUACCAUUUUACACACAAGCAUCAUCACCGAUAAGGCGCUACAUGGACAUCGUCUUGCAAAGACUUUUGCAUUCUGUCAUAAGCAACAGUGUUGUCCAGUACACUAAAGAGGAGAUAACGAGUCUUUGCAAUGAAUUUGAGCUCAGCCUCACGAAGGCCAAGGAGCAUGACCAAAAGGCUGAGCAGCUCUUCUACGCCGUGAACAUGAAAAAUCAAAGUGCUACUAAAGUAGCCUUUGUUGUCAGUGUGGAUUCUUCCAAAGAAAGCUUUACAGUGUCAUUUCCUUUUAACAAGAACAUAUCUAGAGAGAAUCUCUCAAUUAUGUACAGGGAUUUGCAGUUGUGGGACCAACCUAAGACUGUUGAUGCACGUGUCAGACUUGCAUGGAAAAGGCGGCUCUAUGCAGUUGGCGACAUGCAAAUCCAAGAAGAGUUAAAAAGGCCAGACUGUGGUCCCUGUGUUGAGCUCCCUCUGACACUAUGGAAAGACACUGUUGAAGCACUUGACAAAGAAGAUUGGAAACUUACAAAGGAUCUCAUAAUGAAAGGUUGCACAAAGAAGCUACAAGAAAAUAAUACUCUGCCUCAAUCGUCUGAAAUACCUGAUUCAGAGUCUGACACAGACAGCUCGGAGGACAAAGAGGCACAAAGUGGGCAUGAGGUGGAGAUCAAACUUGACCUUAGGGCAGGUGACACUCUUCAGAUCCAAAUGACUUGGGAGCUAAAAAGAGGUUACUACAUGCCUGCUGUUCAGUUGGUGCGUAUUAAACCAAAGUUUGAGAUUUGUGUGGAACACGUCCACAGUCCUAUCACAUGUUUAUCCAGAUCUGCAGACAAUCCAUCAAACAUUCGUUACAGAAACAUUGAGGAGUAUGUACGUAUCUGGAAACCGCUGUGUGAGAUGGAAUCUGCUGCCAAUGCAGUGAAUGAAGAGGAUAGCAUCGUCAUCGAGAACCUGGUGCUAACCUUCAAACAACAGCAGAGAGGAACCCUAUCAGGAAGUUUCUUCUUAUCGCAGGCAUGGAUCGAUAAAUGGGCCAUUGAGUGUCACCUUUCACAGUGUUUUCUGUGCAUACGCAAAAGAGGUCUGAAGUUGACUUCAACUCCAGAACACUCUGCACUGGUGGACCCAAAAGAGUUCACAUGGGUGGCCCACGGUGUAACACGAAAAGUGGAUCUGAAAAAAACUCCCAAUAAAGGAAGUAACGUGGAGUUCGACAUCAACUACCUGCCAAUGGAGACCAUUCCUGACUGUGUGUUUCAGAAGAACACUACUUUUACAGUGGAAAUCAUCCCAAAGUCCCUGCCAGACGUCCGAAAAGAGCAUGCAGUUGUUAGCAUGACGUCUGCAUCUGAUCUCGUCCAGGCUAUAGCACUUGGAUUCUAUCCAAGAGAGGAUAAGGACGAGCCCUAUAGGAGGACAGAGCUUGACAAUGGACUGCCUAAGCUAAACCUGAGUCAACGUCUUGCUGUUAAUAAAGCUCUAAAUAAUACCUUCACAGUCAUCCAGGGACCACCUGGAACAGGAAAGACGGUUGUGGGUGUGUACUUGGUGUACUGUUUCUUUGAGCUGAACUCUCAGAACCCAAGAAAAUCAGUCGACCCGAACGAUAAGAACAAGAAAGAAAUUAUUCUCUACUGCGGCCCGUCCAACAAGUCUGUUGAUGUUGUCGCAGAGUACCUGGUAAGAUUUGGGGGCAAAAUAAAACCGCUCAGGGUGUAUGGUCAACAAGUGGAGAUGCUGGAUUAUCCUUAUCCAGACGGCAACCUUCAGUUUCCCCGUAGUACACUCCGCCAAGCACGUGCCAAACCAGAGCUCAGGAGCAUCACUCUUCAUCACCGCAUGCGAGAGGACCAAAACCCUAAAUCAGGAAAAAUAAAAGAGUUUGACCAGCGAAUCGAAGUCGCCCGUAGGACAAAGAACAAGUCAGACCAGCUGAGUGAUGAAGAGGUUAAAGAGUACAAGAAACUCCUCAGAGAUGCUCGGACAUAUGAGCUUGAACGCCAUGACAUUGUGCUGUGCACAUGUACGCAGUCUUCCUCUCCAAACUUGGUGAAGACCGUGAGCGCUCGUCAGAUCCUCAUCGAUGAAAGUGCGAUGGCCACUGAACCCCAGACCCUGAUUCCAUUAGUCUGCAACAAACCAGAGAAGAUCGUUCUGAUCGGUGACCACAAACAGCUACAGCCCGUUGUGAGGAACGAGCAUGUGAAGAAGCUGGGGAUGGCCAAGUCUCUGUUUGAACGCUUCUACACGAUGCCGGAGAGCAAAGAGAAGGCAGUGAUGCUGGACAUCCAGUACAGAAUGCAUUGUGAUAUCUGUGAGUUCCCAUCUAAAGAAUAUUAUGAGGGAAAGCUCAAAACCAGGGUGGAUCCGCCAAGCAGCGUGCUGCGUGUGGGACAAAAGCCAAUGAGGAUCGUUUUCGGGGACUGCAAAGGAACAACUGUCAGUCUGGUUGUCAACACGGCAAAGGGCAACGAGAACUCGAAAGCGAACAAGGAGGAGAGAAACAGAGUGACUGCCAUUGCAGAAGAGCUGGUGAAGAAAGCCAAAAUCAAACAGCAAGAUAUUGCGAUUCUUGCGCCGUAUAACGCACAAGUUACUGAGAUCAAUCAACAACUGAAGAAGAAAAAACUGGACAAGAUCACUGCGACGACAAUCACUAAAAGCCAAGGAAGUGAGUGGCGUUACGUGAUCAUAUCCACAGUGUGUUCUCUGCCGAGUGAGGAGAUCGAGAGCGAGCCAUACGGAGCCUGGCUGUCCAAACACCUGGGCUUCGUGGGCAACCCCAACCAGAUAAAUGUGGCCAUCACCCGGGCCAAGGAGGGCCUGUGCAUCAUUGGUAAUCAGGAGCUGCUGAGCUGCAGCAGACACUGGAACAAACUCCUGAAGCACUACACGAGUGUGGGCGCGGUGACACCAGCAGAGGAUAUCUCCGUCCAACGACAAGGAUGAAAUGCGUCUGUUUUUUUAAAGAGGCGUGCUGACAGCAGAGCGACCACACUCUCAGCACUCAGCGAAUGAAGGGUUUCCAUAUUUGAAGAUUUUUAAAAACAUUUUUAUAUUUUUUAAUGAGUUUGAAGGCUUUUUUCUAAUGAUGCUCUGAAUAACAUUCCAGUUCGCUGUAAAUAAAUCAUACUACUUUUUUAUUAAAGAUAUCGGAACGUUAUAGCUAGGCUGUCAAACCGUUUAACAUUUGAAUCACCAUUAACCGCUAAACGUCAGUAAUCAGGAUUAAUUGCAUGUUUGAAUUCCAUUAUUUCACAUUUAAAAAUAGUUAGGCUUUUAUUUUGAAGGUUUGUCCUGUCUUAAACUGAGAGAACUUUA